AUGGUUGGCGGAAAAGACGAAUCAACAAUAGAGGGGUACGCAGAGUGCCUGGCAAAGCUAUACGGGACGCAUUCGCUAAAGCUGGGAUUAGAGAGAACGAAGCUGCUAAGCGAGUGCUUCGGCAACCCAGGAGAUACUUACAAGACGGUUCAUGUGGCUGGCACGAAUGGAAAAGGAUCUGUGUCCCACAAAAUAAGUAUGUGCUUAAAAAUGCGCAACUACAAAGUGGGUCUCUUUACAUCUCCUCAUGUGUUCUCCAUUCGGGAGAGAAUCAAGGUCAAUGAUGAGUGCAUAAGUCAGGAGGAUUUUGUCUCUCUCGUGAAGGACGUUUGGAGGAAAGCAGAGGAGUGUAACAUAAAGCCAACGUUCUUUGAAAUAAUAACAACCGUUGCAUUUCUGUUCUUUAAGAGGAAGAAGGUGGAUUAUGCAGUUGUUGAGACGGGGAUCGGAGGUCGACUAGAUGCAACCAACAUCCUUAAGAAGCCAGAGGUAGUUGUUAUUACCUCCAUCGGUUACGACCACCAACAACUGUUAGGAUAUCAGCUCCAUUCCAUUUGCGAAGAAAAAAUUGGCAUAAUUAAAGAAGGCACAAAUGUGGUCAUUGGUCCGUCUGUAUCGAUCUAUAAAAGCGUCUUCAAUAGAGCCAAGGAAUUGAACUGCGUUGUUACCAUCGUGCCACCAGAACCUCGUGGGGAAUCCUUCGACCAGGAGAAUACAAGAAUAGCAACAGAGGCACUCAACAUCCUAAAGGUGAAUGUCUCCUCAGAUCCUAUUUUAAAAACAGUUGUCUGCCUUAAGCCUCCACUGAGGAUGCAGUACCUUGCUAUUGAACAGAUCGAACAUGUGAGGAAGAAGCUUUUUCCUUCCACCGGAAUGUUCACUCAUGAGAGUGGAAUGGCCAGUGGGACCUCUUUGCCCAUGACUGUCAUCCUUGACGUUGGCCACAACGAAACGGCCAUCGAUCGGCUCUGCCAAGACGUUAACUACUUCCACAAGGGGAAAGCAAUACGGGUCUGUGUCUCGGCGACCCGCCCACGCAGCUUGGCCAUUUUUCAGCCCCUCGUGGCGCACUUCCAGGGAUUCCUCAAGGACGUUUUCUACCUCCCCUCCCUGAACGAACGGACUUACGACUUCGGUGAAGUUUCUAACAUGCUAAAAAUCGAUGAGCAGAUAAGUGCUGACCUGCGGGGGUUCCUACUGCGCAGUGCCGAGAAGGUGACUUCCUGGCUGGAAGGUGCCGGCAAGGGGGAUUCUUCACCAGGAGGCAACCUCUACACACGUGGCACCAUCCCCCUGAUUGUGAAGAACGCCUUCCUGGAGUGCUGCAAGGACAACUCCAUUCUACUUAUAUGUGGAACCUUUUUCAUGUUUGAAGAAGUUCUUCCCGUCUUUGAUAUCCACUCGGAUCUGCAGGACCCCAUUCCGAUGAACGAACCGUCCUCCAAUUGA